CGUGACGUCACUGUGUAUUGUUGUGAGGGGGAACGGGAGCGUCCCAGAGCUGUCAGCUGAGCCGUGCCGCCGCCAAGCCAUUGUCUCCUCCGCUCAGUGCCCGUGGAUCCCCCACGUCAUAAGAACCAUCAAUGAGAUGCCAACAUGAAAGACAAGAGGAAGAAGAAGGACCGCACCUGGGCCGAGGCUGCCCGCCUGGCUUUAGAAAAGCAUCCCAAUUCACCGAUGACCGCAAAGCAGAUCUUGGAAGUCAUCCAGAAAGAAGGGUUAAAAGAAACCAGAAAUGGUACUUCUCCGUUGGCUUGUCUAAAUGCCAUGCUUCAUACUAACACCCGUGUGGGCGAUGGGACCUUCUUCAAAAUCCCAGGGAAAUCAGGACUUUAUGCUCUUAAAAAAGAAGAAUCUACUUGCCCGGCUGAUGGAACACUGGAAAUAGGUUGCGAGUCAGAGUUAGAUGGGAAUGAAAUGGGAGAGGCAAGCAGCAAUGGAGAAGAAAAUGAAGUGUGCCUGAAGCAAGUGACUGAAGAAGCGUCUUCCAACCGAAUGCAGAGCAAGCUAGUGUCUUCCUUCCAGCAGCACACCAAAAAGGCACUGAAGCAGGCUUUGAGGCAGCAGCAGAAGAGGAGAAAUGGGGUCUCUAUGAUGGUAAACAAGACCGUCCCUCGUGUCAUCCUGACGCCUCUUAAGGUGUCUGAUGAGCAGUCGGAUUCACCUUCAGGGUCUGAGUCAAAAAACGGUGAAGCAGACAGUUCUGAUAAGGAAACUAAGCAAGGGCAAAAAUCACCCCCUGGCAAGCAAAUAAGCCAGCACUUAAAACGGUUAAAAAAAUCAGGUUUAGGGCAUUUGAAAUGGACCAAAGCAGAAGAUAUUGACAUAGAAACUCCAGGAUCAAUUUUAGUCAACACUAACCUGAGGGCUUUAAUAAACAAGCAUACGUUUGCUUCUUUACCUCAGCACUUUCAGCAGUACCUCCUGCUCUUACUCCCAGAAGUAGAUAGGCAGAUGGGAAGUGAUGGGGCUUUACGUCUUAGUAACUCUGCUCUAAAUAAUGAGUUCUUUGCAUAUGCAGCUCAAGGCUGGAAACAGCGAUUAUCAGAAGGAGAGUUCACUCCAGAAAUGCAAAUGCGCAUUAGACAAGAAAUUGAAAAGGAGAAGAAAACAGAAGUUUGGAAAGAAAGAUUCUUUGAAAGGUUUUAUGGAGAAAAAUCUGGAAUUUCUAAGGAAGAAUCUUUACAACUGACUUCUGGGCAAAACAGCAGUGAAGAUGAAAGCAGCUCUCUAGAAACCUCUCUCAACUUACCAGGUCCAUCCAUCCAGUGUGAAAACAGUACUCCAAAUAGUAAUGAAACACCAGUUAUGUUAGAAACUGAAGUUAUUGAGGAAACGGUGUGUAACAUGGAGCAUGUUCCAUCCAAAGACAUCAUUGGAGAAACCGCACUGGAAGAGAUACUGAUAUCUGAAGAAUCAAUAAUUCAUGAGGAAAUUGCUGAAGAAGUUGAAACAUCCAUUUGUGAAUGCCAAGAAGAUGAUGAUAAAGCUGCAAUUGAGAUAUCUGAAGAAGAAGCGACCAGUGAAAAUGCACAGGACAAGGAACAAGAGUUGCCUCCAGAAAAUGUGGACUCUUGUGAUGUCAUGGAGGAUGAGUUAUUACCUGUCAUGGAUGCAAAUACAGACGGAGUAAAAUCUGAUGACCAUCAAGAUGACAUGUUGGAAGUUUCAAGUGAUAUACAUGAAUGCAGGUCUCCAUCACCCGUGGCCUCUCAGACUUCACCUAUUAAAGAUGCUGAACCAGAAAACACUUCAGUUGAAAAUACAAAUGAAUCAGAGUGUGUUGCUCCCAAAGCUGCCGCUGACCUGUUAUCAACGGAGGAGGUGGCUCAUGUACAAAUGGAACACAUCAGUGAACCAGAUGUUCAGUUCUCUGAAACGCCAUGCAUUUCUGAGACAUCAUUUUCUUCUCAAAGUCCAGAGGAAGCAUGUGCUAGUCUGACUUCACCAGGAGGUGACAUGCAGUCUGCUUCUGAGGAACCUUACACACCUGCAUCUGUUGAAGCAGCUUCUCUGUCUGAAGUUUCAAGCUUUGAAACUGGUGAAGCUGAAAGUCAACAAAAACCUUUAACUGAAAGCCCACCAACCUCUGUUGUUUCAGAUGUUUCACCUCUUUCCAACUCACCUGUCAUAUCCGAAGCAUCUCCUUCCUCUAACCAUCCAAUGACACCUGAAGCUUCUCCGGCAUCAAAUUUGCCAUUGACUUCGGAAGCAUCUCCAAUGUCGGAUGUACCUUUAAUAUCAGAAACAUCGUCGGUGUCCUCCUUAGCAUUGACCUCUGAAACUGGACAUGCACCAAAUGCACCUGUUACUUCUGAUGCAUCUUCUGGGUAUAGUCCUGCUUCAAAUGAACUGCUACAGCAAGAAAGCUCCCCGACCACAUCUGAUGCAUCACAGUCACCUUCAAAGGAUGAGACUGAUGGUUACUCAGAGGCCUCCCAAGCAGAUACUGUUGGCACUGAGCAUGAAAGCUCAGAAGCAAUUAAAUAUAAUUCUGCAACUCCAAACUCUGAUACUUCACUGUCUGAAGACAACCUGAAGCACUGUAAUUCUGAAAGAGACCAUGAGAAACCAAAUGUAGCAUCACCACCCCAUUUAUCCCCACCAGACACCAUAACAAUUAAAAACCAUUCAAGCCAUUAUCGUAUUGUUGAAAAAAAGUAUUUAUCUCCUUCAAGAGAAGGAUUUGAGGGAACAUACUCCAGGAGUAAUGAGUCUGUUCACUCAAAGUCUCAUGACAAACUAUAUGCAGUCUCAUUAGAAGUAUCUGGAUAUUAUGAAUCGACCAGAAGUAAACCUCACAAGCAACAGGCAAACUCCCAAAGUCGGCCAGACAGUUCACAUUAUAAGUCAUAUGACCAUAAUAAACAAACAGAGGCAGUUUGUCGAGAGUCUGAAAUUUCUAAGCGAAAAACUGCAGAGCAGCACAGUUUUGGUAAUUACAAAGAAAAGAGACCCAGAAUAGAUGAUGAUCACUAUAGUAGAACAUCUUCUGUUUCAAGUCAAUCUGAAAGGGAACAGCCACCUAGAGAAGAACCUCGUGUUCCACCUCUCAAGAUCCAGCUAUCAAAGAUUGGACCUCCAUUCAUCAUCAAAAGCCAACCUGCUCCCAAGCUUGAAUCUAAGAUAUCUUCUAGUACAUCUGUUAGUAGUGGAAGGAACACUGGAGCUAGAACUCUUGCAGACAUUAAGGCGAGAGCCCAACAAGCCAGAGCACAAAGAGAAGCUGCUGCUGCCGCCGCUGUAGCGGCGGCGGCCAGCAUAGUUUCUGGGGGAGUUGGUAGUCCUUCAGAAAGCAGUAAGACUAGAACGUUGGCCCAUAUCAAGGAGCAGACAAAAGCAAAGAUGUUUGCUAAGCACCAAGCGAGAGUCAGCACACAACAGAUUAGUAGAGAUGGAAAAACAAAAGAGGGUCUUCCAGAAAUUGAAGUGCCAACAACUUCUGAUGCAAAACUGGAAGGUUCAACUGGUGUUAUCAUUAUGAAUCCAAACUGCAAAUCUCCUAGCAGCAAGUCCUCACUCCAUCGCGACUUGCCUUCCCCAUCACAAAAAUCCCUCAGCUCUUCAGCAUCAUCAGAAACUGACUCUGACGCAUCAGUACACAGCUCUAUUGAAAAUAUUCACGUGCCACAUUCCAGCGACAAAACUGUUACAUCUACCUCCAUUGAAGAUUGCAGCGUGCCAAUGCAAUAUAAUAAAGCUAUAAGUUCAGUGUCUGUCUGCUCCUCUGCUGAUACCACCUUUAGGAAUGCACUUGAAAAAUCUGCUGUCCUGAUGUCUGUUGAGAGUGAAAACCCUACGUCAUCUGUCUGUAAUUAUAAUAUGCUAAACCCCAAUAAGGAGACUGACAUUCCUUUUAUAGCUGUUGCACCAAAAUGCACUGAUGACCCUAGUAGUCAUGCCUCUGUUGUAAACUCCACUGCAUCUGACUCUGUUGAUGACAAACGAAUGCCAGUAACAACUAGCAUUGUUAAUCCUUACACCACUGUGCCAAUCUCAUCCAUUGGGUGUAGUCUGCCAAAUUCUCAUCUUUCCAAUUCAUUGGUUAAUUCACUAACUGCCUCCUAUGGUCCGAACACCAGGCACCCUGAUAAAUUAGCUGCUACCACGUGUAGCGAAGAUAAUCCCGUAGACAUGUGUCCUUCUGUCCAGAGAAUAUCAAACCAUGAGGAAAGCGAAGGAGAUUCGCCCAGAAGGUCUUCUGUUCCAGUGUACCCCAGCACCAGAAGAUCAUCAAUAAGUACUGAUCCUUCACUUGCAAAGAUACAUCAUGAUAAUGUAGAUAAAAACUGUACCAGUAAUUUAAUAGGACUGCAGAAUAAAACACUGCCUACUGCUUUAAUACAGACAAAUAGAUCUAUUCCAUGUAAAGUGAUUGUUGAUCACUGUACAACGCCAAACUCCACUUUCCCUUUCAAUAGUGAAAAUGCAGAAAAUGCUGAUUGUCAGAAUAGGUUUGGAAAGUCUGAACCCUCUAUUCAAAAUAUAACAUGUCCUCAAGUAUCUGUAAUUAGUAGACAGGAAAACCUUCUCAAUGAGAGUGUGGAGCACAUGUCCAACUCAAACAUUGUAAAUCGGUUAAACAGAGACGACAGACACAAAAGUACACCUUGCGCUGGGCUUUUGGAAGCAACUUACUUGCAACAAGGGAAACGAAGUGACUCCGUUUCUUGCCAACAAAAUUUUAAUGAGCAGCUACAUAGCACACCUUCAUUCAAGUGUGGACCAGAUAAUGUUCCCAAUUCGGAGUAUAUUUCUAAUAACAGAAUAUGUUGGAGUGACAAAGAACAAAUGAACACUGACAAAACCAUUGUUAACCAUUUGGGUGUGUCUAAGCACACAGAGUAUUCUGAUGAAAAUAUUGUAGAUAAUAUUAAACGUGAACCUGGGAGUUACCCACACAUGUCAAAAAUGAAUGCCCGUAGCCCUGUGGCAAACUCCAUUCCGAUCAAAUCAGAACGAAACGAAUCUGGUAAAUGUUUUGGGAUUGAUUCCGAAGGAUUUUCAGGCCAGAACGCUACACAACAAGGAUGUGACUUGGAUAUAAGUUUGCCAACAGCCAAACCAUCACACAAUGUUGCCAGAGAAGAACCAUUGUCAUUGACUACAGACACUUUAAAAAGGGUUACGAAUGCAGGCAAUGCUAGCUGUCGACUCUCCUCUGUUGAAGCAAACAAUCCCUUAGUUACACAGCUGCUUCAAGGCAACCUACCUUUAGAAAAAGUUCUGCCUCAACCCAGACUAGGUGCAAAGUUAGAAAUUAGUCGACUCCCUUUGCAGGCUACCUCGGUGUAUAAAACUGCAUCAGAAAGAAUGGUGUCUGAAAACACCUCACGCUCCCCUACCCCUGAUGGCAAGAUCUAUCCACUGGGAAACCCUUUGCAAGUGAGAAAACGUGAAAACCAUCCUAAGAAAAGGAUGGCUAGGACUAUGGGUGAACAUGCCCAGAUCAAGUGUGAGUCAGGAAAGCUUUCGAUGGACACAGAUACAAAUUUGUCAUCUUGCAUGAUGGGUUCUAAUAUGAACCCAUUGGGUCCAGGGCAAAAUUUUAAGCAAGAGUGGAUGAACAAGCAUAUGGUUCAAGCCAGGGUUACACACAGUCCAGAAAUUAAGCAGCAAAAGAGGCCACUGCCUUCCUGUAGCUUCCAACAAAAUGUAUUUAAUGUUGAUAAAAAUGGCAGCUAUCACCCAGAAGCUGGUACCUCACAUAGGCAACACUACUACCAAAUGCCCAUGGCUCAGAGAGGUCAAGGUCCUGCAAUCUAUAUGUCACCAGGCUCGGUAAAAGUCCAGCCGGCUAACAAUGCUUAUCCUUUCAAUAGGCACCCAGAGCAGAAGGUUUUAGCUGAGACAAAUGUUCCAAAUCUUUCUCAUCGAAUGGGCAAUGCGUACUCCCCAAAUGUUCAUAUUAAAGAAGGCGAUGACCUCAGCAAUGCCCAACAGACUCUGCAACAUAAAUUUUUAGUGCAUCCUUCCUUAUCUAAUUCAGAAGUCCCUUCUGAUCAAAAACAGCCAGCAGUUACUAUGGAAACCACUAAAAGACUUAGUUGGCCUCAGCCUACGAGCAUCUGUAGCAAUAUAAAGACUGAGCCCAUCUCUUUUGAGGACGGUUUAAACAACAGCUGUGAACUGACCAUGAAACAAGCUUCCUACGAGCAGAGUGAAGUCAAAGAACAGUUAAAAACAUUCGCCUUGAAAAAUGCAGAUUUUUCUUCCUAUUUACUUUCCGAGCCACAAAAGCCUUUUACUCCGCUAGCUGCACAGAAAACACAAACACAGCAGCUGCCGCCGCAACAGCAGCAGCAGCAACAAUGUGGGAGUUAUCCAGCAAUUCACUUUGGUAGCACAAGCUUCAAAAGAGCAGCAUCUGCUAUAGAAAAAUCCAUUGGAAUUUUAGGGAGUAAUUCUAAGCCUUCCUCGGGACUCGGCCAGAACGCUCCAAUCCCUGCACAGAAAUAUGCCGACAGCAGCAGUGCAGAUGAACUGGAACUGAAGUGUUCUUGCAGGCUGAAAGCCAUGAUUGUGUGCAAAGGCUGUGGAGCCUUUUGUCAUGAUGACUGCAUAGGCCCUUCAAAAUUAUGUGUAGCUUGUUUAGUUGUUCGAUAGAGACGGAAUCAAAGACGCAGUGUCCCUUUAAAGCCUACACAUCUUCAGCAGGAACGUUUCGUCGUUUCAUGUGCUUUUCUCAUUUUCUUUUUCUUUUAUUUUUUUAUAAAAAAUAUUACGUUGUCAGUGUUACAUUUCAUUCUACAACUCUGUAGAUGAGACAGAUUUCUGCUGAAGAAAUAGAUCUCAACCUCUUGUCACCCUUUUAAUUUAUUUAGAUUUGUUUUACUGAGGUGAAGCUUUUGCCCUGUUUUUCGAUGCAAAGCACCUGACCAGUUUUUUUUUUUGUUUUUUUUCUUCUGGAAUUUGCAUUAGCUCUUCUGUGAUCAUUUGAUGGUUAUCAACCUGAUUGAAAGGGUCUGUGUGGUACUUGUUUAGCGAGUAUUCCCCCCCCCCCCCCUUUUCCCUUUCCCCAUGUAAGGCAUCCUAGG